UCCUCCAGGAGAGUGAAGUAAGGAGGUGGUGGAGCACUGUGUAAACAGAGGCAGUGGAGAUGAGCACAUCAGAGCUGGAGUCAGAACAGAGCGUGGCUGCCUUAACAUGCCUCCCCUGACACAGCACAGCUACAUCUGCACUCAAAUGAAGGUUUGGAGUUGAAGCUGAGAAUGGCAGGAGAUUCUCGUGUCCACAUGGACCACGACAUGGAGAUAGGAGUGACACCAAGAGAGCAGGUUAAGAAACUCCCCAAACACCUGAGGGAAUCACAAAUCCCUACAGAUCGCACUCACCUCAUCUCCGACCCUGUUAAGAAACCACGGCAGCUCUAUGUACAGAAAGAUGGCAAGUGCAACGUUCAUCAUGGCAACGUUCAAGAGACAUAUCGUUAUCUUAGUGACCUCUUCACAACACUGGUUGACUUGCGUUGGCGCUUAAGUUUCUUUAUUUUCACACUGGUUUACAUUGUCAACUGGCUGUUCUUUGGCUUCUUAUGGUGGCUUAUCGCACUUAUACGAGGAGAUCUUCUACAUAGCGAUGAGGAGGGCUGGACCCCUUGUGUUGAAAACCUAAACAGCUUCGUUUCAGCUUUUCUCUUCUCCAUUGAAACAGAAACAACCAUUGGCUACGGCUACCGGGUCAUCACAGAGAAGUGUCCAGAAGGGAUAAUUCUUCUGCUGGUGCAGGCCAUCUUAGGAUCCAUUGUAAAUGCCAUGAUGGUGGGCUGCAUGUUCGUAAAGAUCUCACAGCCCAAGAACCGGGCUGAGACACUUAUGUUCUCCCACAAGGCUGUGAUCUCGGUGAGGGACAACAAGAUGUGCCUGAUGUUCAGAGUGGGUGACCUGCGGAACUCACACAUUGUGGAAGCGUCAAUUCGCGCCAAACUCAUUCGUUCACAGCAGACCAAGGAGGGUGAGUUCAUUCCACUCAACCAGACCGACAUCAAUAUUGGCUUUGACACAGGAGAUGAUCGCCUCUUCUUGGUAUCACCCCUCAUUAUUUCACAUGAGAUCAACGAGAAGAGUCCUUUCUGGGAGAUGUCGCGGGCACAGAUGGAGAAGGAGGAGUUUGAGAUUGUAGUCAUAUUGGAGGGCAUGGUCGAAGCUACAGGCAUGACCUGUCAGGCGCGCAGCUCCUACCUGGACUCGGAAGUGCUGUGGGGCUACCGCUUCACCCCUGUGCUUUCUUUGGAAAAGGGCUUCUACGAAGUCGACUACAACAACUUUCACGACAUAUACGAGACCAACACUCCCACCUGGAGUGCAAAAGAACUAGCUGCUAGACUAAAAGAAAGCCCACUCCUCCCACAUCUCCCUCUCCUUAGCCCUGACCUCAGAGAGCACACGCCUGACCCCUUCUCCAACCGAGACACCCCAACCACGCUGAAGGAGAGGAAGAAGGAGGGAGAGACAAACAAUGGCUCUGCCAACCGUUUGGAGGAGAAUCCCUAGCAAGAAGGCCUAAUCUAAACAGACUCAAGGACUGUGUAGUGAUUGGCAAGCUUCUUUGCCCUUGCAUGGAGAGAUUUUCUUGCAUUAGCCAUACCCUGGUUACUUUAGAGAACCAAGCUGAUGUGUAGACUGAGAUUAGACGCACAAAGAAAUGAGAAUCCAUAUAUUUAUAAUGCAUUUGUUAUUUACGCCUCUACAAACUCAUGAAAAGUACAUGCAUACUGUAUAAUCUGUUUUAGCUUUUUAAACUGUCAUGCAAAUAUUUAUGCUAUCAAUCAAUGUCCUGUACCUCAAGGACAUACGAGUAGCCAAAUGCACUUCAAUCCCCAAGCAAAUUAAUGAUACCCCUUAAUCCAACCAUUGCAAAUCAGCUUUAAUAGAAUCCCAAUGCAAAGACUCUUAGGAGAAAUAUGGAACCAAUAUCAAAGUUGCGCCAAUGCUUGUGUGUUUAACCAUGAUGAUGGCCACAGUUAUGGACUACAGUGUUUGAUUCUUUAAGCUCUUUAAGCUAAAUUCUAUUGUAUGAUUUUGUUCUGUAUUAUAGUUAUGAUAUUAAUUUCCCCUAACUCAUAAUGAGGUUCAUUACUGCAUGAGUUAUGACUUUCAAAAUUAGAGCCAGGAUGGCAAAUAUAUAUAAUGCACCAGAUACAAGCACAAUCACUGCAGUGACAGACGUGCAGUAUGCAAACCUGCAGUAAAUAGUAAUAAAAUGGUGUCAAAUGAAAGUCAUUUGAUCUGGUUUUAGACAUUUUGCUCAUCUAUUGUCUCUGUAAAAAAAAAAAAAAAAAUACAGUAACACUUUACAUGAAUGUUCUGUUUGUUAAGGGUUUAUGAAGGGGGUUCUUCGAUGACCAAUAAAUAAUUUAUAAAUGCAUAUAA